AGGGAAAGAAGGUGAUGCUCAUUUGUUUCUAUGCAUGGGGGUCAAGCGCAUAGACAUGCAGAUUCGCAGGACAAGAGCUAGGUCGUACGUUUUUACGACGUAUGAUAGUGAACAAUUGCACGGCCCCCGGGGCGGAUGAACCACAAGCGCGGCGCGUCUUCAUUUUGCGAUUUCGUCUCCGUCUCCUCGAGGACCAGUCCCUGUGUCCUGAUGGUGCGUGCGCAGCUUCAUCAUCACCUGUCAACAUCUCUGCUCGGGUCUUCGUGCCGCCGGGCCGCCCCCGCGCUUUGUGGUCUGGUCUUGUUAGUACAUGACGUUGCGUUUUUUCUACUUCACACGUCGUCUAUCUAGGGGAAAACAGAAUGAUUCGUCAUGAUCCAAUUUGGCAUGCAAAAUAUGUUGCACAAAGUCAAAGUCCGAUGUAGAUGUUUGGUGUCAUUUGUAUGCGAAGGCGUCGUUCAAACAGCUAGAGAUUCUAGUUGGUGACAAAUUCAAAUGUACCGACAGCUGUUGUCGGUAACGGUAGUUGUUGACAAAAAGAAGAAUCUUUACGCUGUCUGUAUCAUUCAAGUUGUCUGUUGAAGCAAAAAGUCGGAGGUCAUUUGUAUGCGAGGCGUUGGGUUCUUACCCGGUCGGCAGAGCCGAUCCGCUCAUGAUGAUGAUGAUGAUGAUGGUGAUGAUGUCGCUCAAGAAAAUGGAUUGGGUUGGCAUGGAUGUUUUUUCCUGGAUGAUAUCGCCCUCGCCGCGGGGACCACUACUGGAAGUUGAGGGCUUUCAUGUCGCCUUGCCUAAAGAUUAUCCUGUGCAAAAGUAUCGCACUCGUAUAAAUGCAAGUCUUGCGUUGCGAAUCCUUUUCCUUUUCUUAAGGUAAGUCCGCAUUUACAAGUUUUAUUUUUCAUGCUGGGGGAAUAGGAAUUUGUAAUGCAUUUAUAUAUACGAGUGCGAUACUUUUGUAAUUCAUAAAGAUGGCGGAGCAACAAGUCCUGGGGGUCCGAACUACGACCACGCACUGUAUCCUGUGCAAAAGUAUCGCACUCGUAUGAAUGCAAGUCUUACACUACAAGCCUUUUUGUUAAGGUAAAUCCGCAUGGCAAAUUUUAUCUCUCAUGCUGAGGAAAUUUGUAGUGCAUUUAUAUAUACGAGUGCGAUACUUUAUUUGCAGUUCAUACACUGCGUGCGACCACAAUCUUGCCCAGCUCCGUUUUCGCCCCCCUCGCGCAGAUGAAAAAAAAGCGGCGGAAACGGGAGAUAAGGAACCGACGGAAGGUAUCCUGAGUAAAAACGUACCCACACCAGAGUCAAGAUGGGGAAUCGGCUAGACAAAUCCACAAGUUUUGGCCGUUUUGCAUGACAAAUUUGGAUUCGUAGUGUAGUGCUGUUUGAGCUAGCUCAGCAGCAUCACAGAUCUAGCGCACCAUGCUGAUUGGAGCAUGACAAAUUGCAAAACACGACUAGAAAAUGCUUCUCAUGGAGCUCCGCAUGAGAAACAUUUUCAGCAUGCAGAUUUGCAUUACAACUCUGGCGUGGGUACGUUUUUACUCAGGAUAGAAGGUGAAGGACCGGGAGAUAAAAGUAGGAACGAAAGAAGUUCUUGAAGUGAAGAUGAGAACGACGACUGCAGGUAGUCCAACUGGUGCUCCUGCCACUUCUGCUGCAAGUGGGCCACCUACUGGAGCCAGGCAUGCGACCCGGAGUGAUGAAAUCGAAAUGGAAGGUAUUAGACGCCGAGACGAGUCCAGAAGUAUCUCUACAGGUUAUCGUAAGGGAAAAUCCCCCCUCCCCAUAUCGAAGAGGUACGUCUCAGAAAAUUUGUAAAAUGCUAAUUUGUGACCGCAAGUCGCGUCUGUCUAUGCAAGGAGGCAACUCCACGGGCUCCGCCGCAUUAUGCGCGCGGUUUGUCAUGCUGUUGGGCCUACAGCGCGGACGUUUUUCAUGCUAAGCGCCUAGGCCAGAGCUUCUCUACUCAGGCUUGACGUGGGUCGUCUGCAGCCAGUCCUCUCCAGCGUCAGAAGUGGCGUCGUUUUGAUGUAGGGAGGGGGGGCUUUUCCUUUUCAUAGAGAUGAUUUUUCCGCCUCACGACCAGAAGCAGGGCCACCUCGUCCACCCAUAAACAAGGUGAACACCAGACCACCACAGGACGUAGGACUCACCCCGGCGACCCCCCCUGCUGCUGCUGCCACUUUAGAGGUGGACCCCUACUUGGAGACAAAAACCACUUCUACAGAGAGCGAUUACUAUGCAGCCGCGGCGCGGCCGCCUCGGGACGACGCAGAGAGAGCGACGCCCUCGUCAUCUCCUGCAGCUUCAAUUGAAGACCUGCAGAGCGUGCUGGCGGCGCCAACAUCGCUGCUGCAGGAAGUUGCCGCGGAUCAACUUGCUCAACGCCGCUCUGUAUCAACUGCAAAAAUGUCUGGCUCUGGAAGAUUGCAACUUGUCAUGCUGUUUUUGGACUCUAAAAAAAGCUGUAUCGCAUGACCAGCAAGAGGGGCACACUUGUUUGUGCUACACGGAAAGGGCAUUUCUCAUGCGGAAGGUGUGUCAGGAAGCCCUCUAAGUAAAAGUCUGCGACGCUAGGUCAUGCACUACAGCAACAGCCAUCAUGGGUCAUGAGAAAUAUGCAUGACAAAUCGUGCAUUCUUCCAGAUCCAGACCCAGACAUUUUUGCAUUUGAUACUUUGGAGCGGCUUCAGCUGUAAAAUCUUCUACCUCGUCUGCGACCAGAAGCACGAUGGACACGGACCGCUCGUCCGCUGGGACCGGGCUAGUUCUCGAAGCAGGAACUACGUCAGAAGAAGCUGCGCUCGCUGCAGCAGGACGAGAAAAUGAAAAUUUUGGCGCCGGCUCGCGUGAGGACAGCAGACGUACUAGCCGCGCUAGCACGCAAUUAAGUCGUGGUGAAAACUACAGGCUGCAAGGCCAGCAAGGUCAACAUCAAGAAAAUAUUAUGGCGAGCCUCCUGUCCAGCAAUCUUCGGGCCCGUAGUCCUUUCAAGAACGCACAGAAGCAACUGUCCGAUAACUGCAUUAUGGAGCUGAACACAAACCAUCCGCGGAGCGAGCAGAGAAUCAUGAGCGGAGGGCUUUUCAAGGGCCACCGCGUGGCGGGGCUGCGCACCUACUACGAAUGCAUGAGCUUCUGCGCCCACAAUCACCAGUGUUCGGGCUUCGUUUUUGUGCACACGUCCGGCCUCAAAUAUCCACUGUAAAUUUCCCGUACAGGAGGUACAAAUGCAGUCACUGCAUGACAAAACUUGCCAUCAAUCCUAGUCUAGCAUGACAAGUUGGACACUGUCACUGCAAGUCCGCGCAAUCUGUCAUGCAUUUUGUACAUGUACAGGAAAUUUAUAUUGCAUAUCAAACACGACAGCUGCAUGCUGCUCUCCGGAGACUGGGACACCGCGACAGACGGCUGCUGCCAUUUAUCAAAUGGAAAAAUCCCCCCACCCCAUAUCAAACACGAAAUUUGUGAUGCUGUAUUUGGGUACACAAAUCGACUUGUAAUGCUAGAAGGCCAAGAGCCGCAGUUGUGACCUCGUUUGCAGGUAAUUUGUCAUGCUGUUUCCCACUUCCAGUUGCUUCCUGUCAUGCUGAAGAUGUAAUGCUUCCCCACGCCACCCGGCACUACAGUCCGCAUCUUUUCCCUUCUAGCAUGACGAAGCUGAUUUGUGACUGCAAAUCUGCAUCACAGAUUUCCGCUUUGAUAUGGGGAGGGGGGAUUUUUCCUCACGAUACCAUUCCACCGAGAUGGACGAAGCCUGUCGGGAAACCGUCCUCGUAUCACACAAAAAAAUAUGUUUCACAACUUCUGUGAUGACUUUGCAAGAUCUGCAUCACAAGUUUGCUACACAUGACACUGAAAAUUUGUGGUCAUGCACGCAUUUCCCACAGGGGAAAACACGGUUGAAUAAAAUCCAAUGCUCUAUGCAGGUGUAGCAAGACAAAGAGUUCUGUGUGCCAUUUUCUGCAUCACAAGUUCACAGUGAAGCAGUUUUUUCUUGCGAUACCUCGGUACGAUCGAGUACUACCAGCACACCUUUUAUGGAAGUGUCAGAAUCGAAAUUGACAAAGUCGAAAAAUUUGUGAUGCAUGAAACGCACGACGCGAAACGCGUGUGUUGCAGAGCAGGCAAGUGAGGCCGAUUGUAAGCCUGUUUGGGGUUAUAGCUCAAGCUGCUAAAGCAGCAUGAGAGAACCAGUCUUCUUCGCCUAAACAGCAUUACAAACUGGAUUUAGGCACCACCUGAAUUUGUCAUGCGCCACUUAGAAACUGGGUUCGAACUGGAAUCCAUUUUAUGCAUGACAAAUUAUUUCGAUUUUGUCAAUUUCGAUUCUGACACUCCCAUACCUUUUCCGGGGGGUACGGGGCCCUGCAGGGGAGGUGGUCCGCGGAGGUACCAAAUGUAAAAGUGUCUGGGUCUGCAAGAAUGCAACCUGUCAUGCUGCGUUUGGAUUCCAAAAAAAUCUGUAUUGCAUGAGUACCAAAGGGAAUGCAAUUUUUGCUACGCUGAGAAGGCAUUUGUCAUGCGGAAUAGGCAUCAAGAAGCCCUCAGAAAAUCUGUAUUGCUAGGGCAUGCAUCACAGACAUUAUGGCUCAUGCAAAACGUGCAUGACAAGUGCAUAAAGGGCUUCGUCGAUCGAUUGUGCCACUCGGGCCUUGUGUUCCGGCUACUCCGGAUCGCAAUCGAUGGAGGGCGGGACCUGCACCGGCGACAGGCGCUACCCAACCAACCAACCAACCAAGUGUCAGAAUCUUCCAGACCCAGACACUUUUACAUUUGAUAGGAGGACCCCAAUCCCUAUGUGUGGCAGGACGCAGACCUGUGGGGCAUGUAUGGCAAGUGCGACGGACAAGCGUACACGGCGAGCCCCAGCAGCUACUCCCCCGCGCUGGGGAGCGACAACUCGCAGUACUCGUUCAGCGGCCACCCCCAGGAUUGCGCCGACCGGUGCCGCACCACGGUCGGCUGCACUGCUUUCAGUGUGUACAAGGGCCCGUUCGACAUCGCCAACGACGAAGUGCCGCUGGCAAACCGCACUUACGCGCACGCAAACCAGUAUGGAAGCGUCAGGUUUGAAAUCGACAAAGUUGAAAUAAUUUGUCAUGCAUAAAAUGCAAGGCAUGAAGUGCCUGUCUUGCCGGGAUGGCAAGUGAGGCAGAUUGUGAGCCUAUUUAGGGUUUGCGAUAGAGCUGCUAAAGGAGCAUGACAAAAGCAGUCUUCUGUGCCCAAACAGCAUGACAAACGGGAUGUAGACAGUUGCGAAAUUUGUCAUGCGCCGCUUGGAAAUUGGGCUUCCAACUGGUAUCGAUUUUAUGCAUUACAAAUUAUUUCAACUUUGACGAUUUCAAACCUGACGCUUCCAUAACCAGACCAUCCUGUCGCUCCUGCUACCUCCAGACAACGGCGGCGGGGUGAUACGACAGUGCACAAUUCUCCCUGCUCCCCCUCAUUUGUAUGUUGGCACGAACGGCAAAAAUACAAGCGUCAGGAAGAGUGCCGGUUUUGCAUGCCAAAUUUGCGCGACUGGAUUGUUGUAGUCCUAUUUCUAUUUGGGCUACCAGAUCAUCUUGUCAUGCAAACAGUGCCAAGAGGCAAAGGGUGGCGGUGGAUUUUUGUGUGUUUCUUUUGCAUGACAAAUGAGGGAGACGAGGGGGAGUAUUUGUGCACUGUCAUAGGUGAGGGAGAACAUGCAAAAUAAAACCUGCUGCAUAUGGAAAUGGAUUGCAAAAUUAUCGUACUAGUACAAAUGCAUAUACAAAUUUCCUCAGCGUGAGAAAUAAAAUUUGUAAUGCUGAUCUACCUCAAGAAAAAUGCAUGAUUGCCAUACGAGUGCGAUAGUUUAUUUGCACAGGAUAUUGCAUGCUCUGGAACAACCGGUACCCGGUGAACGACCGAACCGUGAACGGGGUCGGCCCGCUGGAAGGAAAGAGGGCUAUGCAUUGCAAAAGUGUCGUACUCGUAGUAAUUGCAAUUAUGCAUGACAAAUCUUGUCCCUAAGGUAAAACAGUAUGACAAAAUCCAGUUCUACUCAUGCUGAGAAAAUUUGUAUAUGCAUUCAUAACGAGUAGGAGUACUCGAUACUUUUGCAGAGAAUAAGGGUGGAGGAGUGGCAAUUCUUCGCCUUGCUUCCGCCUCCCGCCACGGCGCACACCCACGUCCCCCACGGGGCGGCCGUGAUAUCAACUGUAAAAAUGUCUGGGUCUGGAAGACUCUGACACUUGUCAUGCACGUUUUGCAUGAGCCAUGAUGUCUGUGAUGCAUACCCUAGCAAUACAGAUUUUUUGAGGGCUUCUUGAUGCGUAAUCCGCAUGACAAAUAAUGCCUUCUCAGUGUAGCAAAAACUGCAUUUCCUUUGGUACUCAUGCAAUGCAGAUUUUUUUGGAAUCCAAAUGAAGCAUCACAAGUUGCAUUCUUCCAGACCCAGACAUUUUUACAUUUGAUACGUGACGGUCGGGCACCACGAAAAGGCGCUGGAGAUCCUGAGCGCGCAGCGUGCCGGUAUGCUUCUAUCAAAUGUAAAAAUGUCUGGGUCUGGAAGAAUGCAACUUGUGAUGCUAAAUUUGAAGCAUGCAAAAAUCUGUGUUGCAUGAUUACCAAAAGUCGUCCAGUUUUGACCAAGUCGGAAGCGAGUUUCUCAUGCAGGAUAGGCAUGAGAGAGAUCGCGCAGAGUCUGUCAUGCUAGGUCCUGCAUUUCAGACCUCAUGGCCCAUGGAAAAGCUGCAUGACAAAGCGCGCACUCUUCCAGACCCAGACAUUUUUGCAUUUGAUAGCUUCGCGCCAAUGACAAAACCCUAAACCCUAAUCCGUUCUUUAUCAGGUUCGCAAACGUUUUUACAUUCUCAACUUCGGGUGCGUGAAUUUGUCAUGCAAAAAUGCUAUCAUCAUCGUCAUCCACGCUAUCAAAUUCAAGCUGCUUCGCAUGACAAAAAAAAUGCGAAGGGCUAAACAGCACCUAUAUUUGUAGUGCGAUAUUUGUAUUACAAACUAAACCUCCCCUCUUUCUCUUCUGCUUUUCCCAUUCUUGCAUCACAAAUCCAUUGUAAGAACAGUGGAGAGUGUACUAACAGUUGAGAGCUGCGCCAUACUGUUCGGGAAUUCGGGCAUGGACAAACAGAUUCAGGGGCACGAGGGAGCUCUGUCCGGGUGUUGGCGGUGGGUGUACCUGGAGGGGGACACGCAUCCAGACGCGAUCUGGUGUCCGGACAACGCCGUGCAGCGGGCCUGCGAGAAUCUAUCCUGUGCAAAAGUAUCGUACUCGUAUUGCAAUCAUGCAUUACAAAUUUUUUCCUGAAGCCAAAUCCGCAUUACAAAUUUUAUUUCUCAUGCUGAAGAAAUUUGUAAUGCAUUUCUACGAGUACUACGAUACUUUUGCAGUGCAUAGAAUCCUACCGCGGACGAUUGUGACACCGAGCUGCUCGACAGUCGGGCCGUGUUCUAUUUCAUGACGCUGGGUCAGUUCCGUAUGCUGUGCAAAAGUAUGAUCGUACUCGUACUAAUUGCAAAUGCGCAUGACAAAUCUGCCUUCUAAGGUAAAACAGCAUUACAUAUCCCCUUUUUCUUCUUGCCAAAAUUUGUAAUGCAAUUAUAUACUACUAGUGCGAUACUUUUGCAAUGCAUAUUCCGGGAUGACAAGCAAAUCAAACUGAUCGCCCGGGUCCGCGGGAGCCCGCCGCCCGGGAUCGACUUGGAGAAGUCUCUCGAAGGGUCUGGCAUCGACGACGAUCACUUUGUGAGUGCGACGCAAAGCGAUCUGAUGUGGGUGAAAGUCGGGGAGGAGCAACAGUGGAGCAAGAUUCCCGCGUAUGCGAAGAAAAAAGUGUUACAGUUACACAUUGUGUUGCAAGACCGGCAACACAGAUAACCUUUCUCAUGCAGGAAAAAAAUGCUUGGGAGCCUCGGUUCCUUCCUGUUUUCCCUUAUCAUCUUCGCAUUACAAGUUUUCCCUGCCAGACAGAGAAAAUUUGCGAUGCAGAAACUCCAACAAAUGGGUAACCGUAUACACUUUUUCCUCGUGAUGCCGCGGCUACCCUGACCGCCAGUGGCACGACGGAGACGAGCAACCAGUACGCGAACGGCUACGCCGUGGACCAAGCUACCGGAGAAACGUCGCAGUUUGACCUCUAUCCAAUGCAAAUAUCGACGACGCUCUGGGGGUCUGGAAGAUUGCCAGGUCUGUCCUGCAUGUUUUUUUGCAUGGUCCAUCAUGUUGCCUGUAGUGACUGAAUUACCAUGAUCACAGAUUUUGAUUUAUUUUGGAAGGCUUCCUGAUGCCUAUUUUUCCGCAUGACAUCAAGGCCCUCUCGACGUAGCACAAUCUGGGCUCCUCUUCGUGGUCAUGAAGAUGCAAUACAGAUUUAUAUUUAUUAGCGUCCAAAGAUAGCAUGACACCCAUCCAGACUGAGUUCUCUUCCCUGUGCUGUACCAAGGUCUUGCUUCCAGACAAAACACCAGACAUAUUUGGACUUGCAAUGCAUAACCUCUCCGACCCGGCGGACCCCGCGGGGGGCAACGGGCGCGUGUUCAAGAUUACCAUCCGACCGGGCAAAGACGGCGUGGUGUAUGGCGGGAGUGUCAGGCUUGAAAUUGACAAAGUUGAAACAGUUUGUGAUGCAUAAAAUGCAAGGCAUGAAGUGCCUGUCUUGCCGGGUCGGCAAAUGAGGCAGAUUGUGAGCCUAUUUAGGGUUUGGGAUAGAGCUGCUAAAGGAGCAUGACAAAAGCAGUCUUCUGUGCCCAAACAGCAUGACAAAUUGGAUUCCAGGGCUCCGAAAAUUUGUCAUGUGCCGCUUGGCAAUGAGGCUUCCAACUGGUACUUAUCCAUUUUAUGCAUGACAAAUCAUUUCAACUUUGUCGAUUUCAAUCCUGACACAUCCAUAUGGUGCUCCAGCGGCUUAUAAUCGACCAGAUCUACGCGCCGCAGGCCUACGUACAGCGCGGCCGGAGUUACGCUCACAUUAACGGAGGUGCUAACGCUCCUAACCUGGAGGCGGGCUUUAGUGGCUGUGAAAAGGUAGGAAAGGACGCCACGGCUUACAACAAGAACGAAGGGCACUAUAUCCUGUGUAAAAGUAAACCUUUUCUUUCAUGAUCGUCCCCGAGCUCCUCUCACGCAGAUUAAGAUUUGCAAGUUCUACGGGUGGGACCGACGUGUGUAAUACACAUCUUCCCGUCCGUGUAGAAAGUCCUCGUGUUUUGGCAACUGUAAAAAUGCUGCAAGCAGGACAAGGUGACGGCCUUAUGAUAAACGACUGUCCUUAAUAAAACAAUGUGCAACUACGAAACAGCGAGGGGGAACUUGUCAUGCGUGACACCCAAAGCUUCCGGAUUUGUGUUCUUGCCGAGAUUUUUCCAGCUCGUGCUUGGCUAUGGGAAAUAAAUGGGGACGUGUUUUUUACUCAGGAUGCACUACUAUCGGUGCUGUGGCGACGAAGAGAUAAACACUGAGUAUCCAGGAGUGCAAGAAAUAUGUCUGGGUUUGGAAAAGAGGAAGCUGCGUUCGCAUGUCUUGCAUUCGAUGGAUUCUGGAGAUUUAUCUGUACUGCACAUCAGUCAGCAUCAAGGGCACCAUCUUUUUGUCAUGAAGAAACUAUGGAUCUUCAGACGUCGGCGUCUAGUAAAUUGAACCUUAUGUCAUGUUUCGCUGCACUUGAGAGUCGUGCCAGAAUUAAGUAUCCUUUUCUUUGCAUACUUUAGCAUCACAAGAACUUCUUUCCAUGCCCAGACAUGUUUGCAUUUGACGCUGCGGGGUUCAGCACAACAAACUUUUUUGAAGUCGAUGCCAAUCCGGAAAAGAGAGUGGACUGCAUGACGCCAAUAUACAAGAAAAAAACUGUGUUAGAAGUGUAACUUUCUUUGGCUGACAGCAUCACAAAUUUGCUCUACAUGACAGAGAAAACCUGUCAUGUGUGGUUUGUAAGGGAAAACCCGACACAUGAAAAGAGGAUUUCGUGGCUGUCUGGCGUGACAGGUGCAACUCUGUUGCAUGUUCUGCGUCACAGACUUGCACGACUUAGACCGUAGCUUUUUUCUUGCAUAGCCAGGCACCGUCGAUCGGGUAACUUUCUACCAGGCCGAGGAAAGAUGCCGACUGUCGGGCAAUCGGAGACUGUGCACGAGGGAAGAGCUGCAGAUAUCAAAAUGAAAAAUCCUUCAUCCCCAUGUCAAAGACAAAGUGGAAACGUGUGACUCGGGAUUUGUUUACACGAAUCAGCUUUGUCCUGCACUACUAGGACUGCACGGAGAUACAAAGCAUGGGGGCACGACGGAUGUUCUAACGUAUGCGCCUAGAAGCAUGACAGACGUCCUACCUGUAGGUCCUGUAGCAGCAUCAGAAACCGCCUGCAUAGUGCGGCGGACUUUCUUCCUUUGCCCUCUUGCAAGACAGGCGAGAGCUGCGGCCACAAAUCAGCACGACAAAUCUGCAGUCGCGUGUCGUUUCAAUAUAAUGGGCGGGAGGGGGGGAUUUUUUCUCGCGAUAGCGGGAGCCGAAUGACAGCACCUUCGACUGGACCGCCAACGACGCGACCGCUUCGUGUCAGGGUGGAAGCGUGUGUUCGUGUACUGGGGGUCAGUGCGACCACCGAUGCAUCUGGACAGGCUCACACGUGGCCGCUGCAGUGGACCAGCACGGAGCGGAUGGCACGAACAGCUAUCCUGAGUAAAAACGUACCCACACCAGAGUCAGGAUGAGGAUUUUGCAACACAAACCUAGGAGUUUUGUGAGUCACGCAUGACAAGUUGCACUAUGCAGUGUAGUGCAGGUUAGCAAGUGCAGCCGCGUCGCAGACUCAUCUGCUCAUCCUGUUCACAGAAUCACAAAUUCCAAAACACGAUUGGAAAUGGCUCUCAUGGGGAUGCGCAUUACAAGUCUUCCUGUCUUUGCAAAUCUGCAUUACAACUCUGGCGUGGGUACGUUUUUACAUAGGAUAACAGCGCUGAUGCGUUCUACGGCGGCCGGGCGGUCUUUCUCUCCUCCGGUAUGGGGCUCUCAAUUGUUACAUUCUCAACUGUUACACGAUUUGUCAUGCAAAAUGACCAUGAGCCACCACACGAUCAAGCUGCUUCGCAUGACAAAUGGUCGGAGGUCCUCUAAAUAGCACUAGAAUUAUCCGCACCAAAUCUGUAAUGCAAGACGCGCAAGGUAGUUCUCCACCUCACAUGUGCUAUUCUUGCAUUACAAAUUCAUGUAACAGUUCAGAAUGUAACGUUUGAGAACUACGCCAUAUCCGGCGUGGUACCCGUGUGCUCCAUGCGAAAGCUGGUAGUGGAUACGGCAGCGGCGACUGCACUCGAGAACAGCGAAUCCGACACCGAGCCUCCCUCGACGUUGCAGCCGGCGCACUGCGGGCCGAGGUUGCAGGAAUGUCUGCGGUAUCAAAUGUAAAAAUGUCUGGGUCUGGAAGAAUGCAACUUGUAAAUGCUGUCUGCGGAUUCUAAAAAUAUCUGUGUUGCAUGAGCAGCAAGAGGAGUCAGUUCUUGGCACGUGGAGAGGGCAUUUGUCAUUCGUAAUUGGCAUCAAGAAGCUCGCAAAAAAUCUGUGAUGCUAGCACCAGCAUCACAGACCUCACGGGUCAUGCAAAAUGUGCAUGGCAAGUCCCGACUCUUCCAGACCCAGACAUUUUUACAAUCCAUAUGCGGAUGUGCGACCAGCCGGGCGAGUGUUCCGGGUGCUUCGCCGCAGACCAGAGCGAGAAAGGCGUAUCACAAGGAAAAAUCCCCCCUCCCCAUAUCAAAAGGAAGUUUCUGAUGCUGGAUUUGCGUAUACAAAUCAGGUCUGUCUUGCAGUAGAGGAAAGCAGGCUCCUGCCAAGCCUGAGUAGAGAGCUUGUGGCCUAGGCGCUUAGCAUGAGACACGUCUACGCUGUAGGCCCAACAGCAUCACAAACCGCCUGCAUAAUGCGGCAGAGCCUGUGGAGUUGUCUUCUUGCAAGACAGACGUGAUUUGUGGUCUCAAAUCAGCAAGACAAAUUUUCGCAAACAUACCUUUUCGAUAUGGGGAGGGGGGAUUUUUCCUCUCAAUAAGGCGCCUGCUGUCGUAUAACCUGCUCAGGUGUUACAAUCUCAAGCGUUACAAUAGAGUCUGGAACUUGUGUUGCAAAAUCCGCAACAUCUGGCCUACUCCCAAAGGAGCGCGCGUGACAAGUUUCGGAGCUGCCCCAAACCCCAUGAGAAUCUAACGAAAUUUGUAUUGCGAAAAACCCAAUUCUCUGUAUGGUACAGAUGCUGUUCAUGCAACACGAAUUCCAGAUUCUAUUGUAACGUUUGAGAUUGUAACAUCUGAGCAAGCCAUAUGUCGGGCGAACGCGGCGCUGGACCCUCCCGAGUGCAAGCAGAUUCCCAUGUAUGGAAGCGUCAGGUUUGAAAUUGUCAGAGUUGAAAUAAUUUUCAACGCAGAUGAAGACGCAUGACGCGCGGCUCGUGUGUUGCAGAGCAGGCAAGUGAGGCCGAUUGUGAGCCUGUUUGGGGUUAGAACUCGAGCCGCUACAGUAGCAUGAGAAAAUCAGUCUUCUUUGCCUAAACAGCAUGACAAACUAGAUUUAAGGACCGCCAAAAUUUGUCUUGCGCCACUUGAAAACUUGGCUCCAACUGGCAUUCAUUUUAUGCAUGACAAAUCAUUUCAUCAACUUUGUCGAUUUCAAUCCUGACACAUCCAUACCAUGAGUCAUUUCAGUAAGGAUCGCGACGGGAAUUUUUUCGGGUACCACCAGUGUGUGCUGUAUUCUCCCUUGCACAUGCCCGGCAACAUCCGGAAGGAUCGCAUCCUGCCCAUGCUCGCGAUGGGGCCCAACCAGAUGGAGUGCCCCUUUGCGUGCAGGAACCCGUCCUCCGGCGUGGCUAUCGAGGGUUGGUGUUACGCGUGCGACUCUAUCAAGAGGAAAAAUUCCCCCUCCCCAUAUCAAAACGAAAUUUCUGAUGCUGGACUUGGAUACACAAUUCAAAUUUGUGUUGCAGUAGAGGACGAAUGCACGCGGAUCAUGAGCCCAGGGGGGGUCCUUUUUGUGUAGGUGCCUAGCAUGGUACUAGACGGCUACCCUGUAGGCCUGGCAGCAUGACUACAAACCGCCUGCGUAUUAAUAACGUGGCGGACAGCCUGAGCGUGCCGCCUUGCAAGACAGACCCGAUCUGUGGCCACAAAUCUACAUCGCAAAUUUUCUGGCGGAUGCGUUUAUUUUCGAUCUGGGGUGGCGCAUUUUUGCUUGCAAUAGACUCCAAAGACGGAAAAGCCCGCGGUGCCUGCUGUCGGAAAGACGCUGCAACUAUUGCCUGAAAAUUAAGAUAGCCAACAACGACAUCCCUAUCCACUUAUUGUUUUGUUUGCGCGACUUCUACAAAGCUCCACUGGUCGUGUACAACUAGUACAAUUCCACUAUUUAUUAUCUUCGCAUGACAAAUUGGAUGGGGAAGCCCUCUGUGCGGUGCCAAACUCGAGCUGUGCCAUGGAAAAUCCCCGUAGUACAGCUCGCAGUGCCAAAAGCCCUGCGCGUCUCUGUGCUGGUUCUCUGUAUGCCGCGGCGAGGCAGAGUCUCUCGCCCCACAGCGAGGCCGCUCCUGGCCCUUCCGGGGAAGCAAACAUCUGCGACAUCAACUCCGGAAAUCCUGGGCGCGCGCGCGCGACAACCUUGGCCGCGGUCUUAUGGGGGCCGUGCCGCGUUUUGCUUCCGUGCGCUGAGUGCCAAGGAGCCUCCCGGCGGGUCAACGGGGGGCCUCCAAGGCAAGCCCACUGGGGGCCGAGGGAGCGGGAAGGGCCUUCGGGGGGACUCAGGGAGUUGCCUUCUUGCUUCCAAUCCCGGCCAACUUCUGCUCUGCUGACAUAUGGCCGGCCGCCAGCGAGUGACCCAGGCAGGGGGGGGCCAGGCCUGGGGGGCCCCUCCCAGGCAGGGGGGCCACAGGCAGUGUGGCCCAAUGUGCCCGAUCGGAGCGUUGCCGCGGGCCCUCUCGGGGGCGGGAACAUCUGCGGGACGCGACGGACGGACCAACCCCGCAAGGGCAGCGCGCGCGCUGAUCUGCGUGGAGGCCUUCUGCAGGCCCGGGCCAGCCUUCCCUUGCUCUUUUGUGCGGCGAAUGCGGCUCCGCUUGCUGACUCCGCCGGUGCGCGGCAGCAAGAAACGAAAGGGGUUGGGGGUAGGCCAAGAAGGGCCUCGGAGGGAAGCCGCAGGGGAUGCCUUAGGGGGCCUCCGGGGGGGCCUUCAAUCAGGGCGGGCGGCCUUCGGGGGCCCGCCUUUUUGCUUCUCGCCGAACCCUUUUCCUGCUCUGCGUACGGCCGGAAGCAAGGGGGGCCCAUAUCUGGCACACGCCCGCCGAAGCUUUAUAUUUUUGUCUGCCCUCUUUGUGCCGCGGCAGUGAGCCAACGAACCUGCCCGCGGCUUUCCCGGUGGCCCUUCCGGGGGCGGGGGCAUCUGCGAGACGGGCGGGCAGACCAACUCCGUCUGGGCUACGCGCGAGCUCGUGGACCUGCGCCGCGGCCCCCCUUCCGGCGGGCCCCCCUUCUGCAGGCCCGGGCCUUCCCUUGCUCGUGUGCGCGGCAGCGCGGCGAAUUUUGCCAGCCCCGCCCGUGGUCGAGGCUCUGGGCCAAGAGGGGCCUUGGCGGGAAAGCUCCACUGUUCGUGUACAAGUACAAUUCCACUAUUUAUUAUCUUCGCAUGACAAAUUGGAUGGGGAAGAUCACGAUGUCGGUUAAAGAUUGUCCGGGAAUAGCAACGAAGCGGGAGUGCGCGAGCGUGCCCGCGAACGAGUUUUAUGGGGCAGCGGACUACUUCGUCUGUGUCAUUCCCGUGCAAGCGACUCUAGAGUCGGAACGUGAAGCAGCGGGAGGUGGAACUGCAUAUCAACUGCAACUAUGUCUGGGUCUGAAACAUAAUUGGGGGAGUUUGUCACGCAUCUCGUGAAGGACAGACAUGGUAUGGAGUGCACUCAGGAGCAUCACAGAUUGCGCAGGAGCUUUUUCAUGCCUGUUCCGCAUCAGAAAUUCACGUUUUGCUUGGCAAGAAUUGAGUUUAUGUAACACAUAUUUUUUUUAGUUUUGAAGACAUAUUUGCAAUGCAUACUGCGCCAACAACUACAACCUCCACCACUACCGCGGCGGCUGGGGUCACGCUUGUGCUGCAAGGACAACUGCGGAACUCAUUGCUUCAGGUAGUAGAGCAGCAAAGUAGUAACAAGAACGCCUUAAGCACCACCAGCUCAGUGCUGGAUGAGGACGGGAUAAACAAUAGUGAAGCCACCUCCUCUAUGCAGUGCAAAGGGAAAAGUAUCGCGCUAGUAUAAAUCGCAUGACAAAUUUUCGCAGAAUUAUGAGACAUGCAAUUUACAAUGCAGAUUUAUUUCCGGAAAGAAAUGCAUGACUACAAUUACUACCACUAGGAGCGCACCACUACUUUUGCAAUGCAUGUCCUCAUGGUCGUCCUCAGCCACUUCCCCUAGUGCGGCCGCGUGGUCGCAGCGGAGCGGCGAUCUGAGCGCUGCGUCAUUCGCGCAAGAGGACGAUAGUCAACAUGGCGACCUUGCAAGAACGUAUGGAUUGCAAAAAUGUCUGGGUCUGGAAGGUUGCAACUUGUCAUGCUAAAUUACUAUCUAUUAUAUUCAUGCGAAAAUAUUGGUCUAGAGAGGGUACACGAGAGGUGGCCGGGAGGUAAAAAAGAGGUCAAAAGAGGUCAAAAAGAGGCCGACAGAGGUGGAGAGGUGACGCGGGGGGCAGUUCGAGAGGGUGCGCGAGAGGUGGAGCGAGUAUAGCCCGCCGAACCGGUCGCCCUUUAGGGCCGCUAAGCGCCUCGGAGGGUGCCGAGAGGUAGAAAAGAGGGCAGGCGAGAGGUGGACAGAGGUGCCGAGAGGUUGCGCGAAUAAGGGGCGACCUCCCGCGGACCCUCUUGGCCACCUCUCGGCCACCUCUGUCGCCCUCUACCCGUGAGUAUAGCCGGAUUAUUAGCGGGGACCCCCGAAAGAGGUCAAAAAGAGGGUCUGCGAGAGGGUAAAAACGGAAGGAAAUUGGCGCGCAUCCGCAUGGCGCUACCCAUAUUUCGCACUGCAGGCCAUUCGGGAACUUCUUUUGUUCGGUGUCUUUCCGCGCCACCCUCUCGCGCACCCUCUCGCGCACCCUCUCGCGCCAGCCUCUCGCGCCACCCUCUCGCGCAACCCUCUGGCGCUACCCUCUCGCGCUACCCUCUCGCGCCACCCUCUCGCGCCGGGCGGCUUCUGUUCGCCCCCGGUGUUCUUUGCAGCUGCUCCCUGCGCAGAGCGCCCACAGGUGCGGGAAGCGCGCAAGUGGUCCUGCGUGUUGGCGCGGCGCAAACAGGCAGCAGGGCCCCAAUAUGUUUUGUUGUGCGCAGGCCCGUGGUGUUGUGGUCCAAUGCCAAUCGGCAAACAGUUUUGCCCCGGCCCAACAGCCUUGCGCUCCGGCGGAAGCCGGAGCAUGGCUGGUCUAAAUGAUGCAAAAAUCUGUGUUGCGUGAGUGCCAAAAGCUGUCCGCUUUUGACCAAGUUGUGAGGGAGUUUCUCACGCAGGAACAAAAUGAUAGAGACCUCAAAAAAUCUGUCAUGCUGGGUUUCGCAUUCCAGUCCUCAUGGGUCAUGGAAAACCUGCAUCACAAAUCUUGUAUUCUUCCAGACCCAGACACUUUUACAUUUGAUAGAACGGAUAGACGUACAACGGAAGCAGAAUAUAGGGUGCCGCCAGACCAUCUCCAUGCCACGCUCAGCUCAGCGAACAGACCGGAGGACGGUGCGCGCAACCCGCUCGGGUACGUAUUGGGUAGUAACACAGGACGCCACUGGUGGGAUACGAGGCGACCUCACGUGUGUGCUAUGUCCGGGUGGAAAAAACCAAACGCCGACGGUUCCAAUUACGCCGCCGGUUUUUGGCGCAUGGAGUUUAACGAUGGACAGACGCACACACUUUCUCGGGUGGAGAUUUGGAACGCCCUGGGUUGGAAGGACUGCAUGAAUAAGGGGUUUGCAAUUAUAGAUGACGGAAAGGACACCCUGCCCGCCUCCCUGAAAGACACUGCAACGGACGAAAUCGCAACAGUGCUGGAAACGUGGAGAAAGGACAACGAGUCAGGCCAGAAAGACAAAUUGUGGUUCGAGCUUUCUGACGACAUUCCCAAUUACGCAGGGACCGAUGGCAAAGGUCCACGGGGAUGGAGCGUGACGCUGGACCCGGACCACCGAGAUGUAAAGUACAUCUACAUCAUAUGGAUGUGUCAGGUUUGAAAUCGUCAAAGUUGAAAUAGUUUGUCAUGCAUAAAAUGGAUGCCAGUUAGACCUGCAGUUUGUAGUCGGUGCAUGAAAAAUCUUCCCGGUCCUGGAAAAGAGUCUGUCAUGCGGUUUAGGGCAAAAGAGCUGCCUUCUGUCAUGCUAGUCAGCAGUCCAACUUUUGACCCUUACCAGGACUAUAAUCUGCCUCCCUUGCGUCCUCUGCAAUAGAGUCACUUUCUGUAUCGCAUUUUAUGCAUUACAAAUUAUUUCAACUUUGUCGAUUUCAACUCUGACGCAUCCAUACAUCAUUGGCCCACGACAGUACACCAAGGCCAAGUCGAAUGGCGAUAAAGAUCACCGUAAAGCGAUGCAGAUCUGUGGCUUCCACGCCUUUUCCACGGAGCAGUGGUGGAUGACGGAGCCCCGUUUGCGGGUGUUUCCUGAUCUGCUGCGCGCCACGCAGAGCACGACGAGAGCGACCGACCUCCCCGGAAUUCUGGACCUGGCCAAGCUGCCCCUCAGCUACCAGAAGGGCAGAGCGAACUCGCGUCACUUGACAGACAGAAAUCCAGACGCGCGCCCGCUCGUUUGCGCUAGCACGGCGGGUCCGGUGGCGGGGGACGGCGACCGGGGCUGGUGGCGCAUCGAGUUCGCGGACGGGCGGGAGCACACGCUCUCCUCGAUGGAGCUCUGGAACAUCGGCGACGUAGUGGAAGGAUCCGAGAACAUGCCCCCCGGGAGGAUAUCAAAUGUAAAAAUGUCUGGGUCUGGAAGAAUGCAAGUUUGUCAUGCUUGUCUGGCAUGACUCUUAAAUCUGUCAUGCACAUUACCGAAGAGCCCUACUUUUCUGUCAUGCAGAAACGUAGUUUGUCAUGCAGAAUAGGCAACACCUAGAAGCUCAGAAACUUGUCAUGCUGAGCCAGCAAUUGUCGCCUCCUCAUGAUACGCCACACAGCAUCACAAGUUUCCAGACCCAGACAUUUUUACAUUUGAUAGAGGAAUGACCUAGACAAUUCGGCUGACUUUGAAACCUCGAGGGCGCGGCUGAACGGGGGCUUCGUGUUUUUGGAUCCCCCGGUAUGAGAGUGCACAACUCCCCCUCCCCCUCAUUUGUCAUGCAAAGUGCCUAACUAAGGGCCUUGACGCUUGGCACUGUUUGCAUGACAAGUUUUGGCAGCCCAAAUAGAAAUACAGUCCUGUCCAAAUAAUUUGUCAUGCAAAUCCUGUAUUCUUGCUGACGCUCCUGUUCAUGCAAUAGAAAUGAGGGGGAGGGGGAGUUGUGCACUUUCAUACCCGGUGUCAGACCCGGAGGCAGUUACACGAGCGGAGCUAUUAAGUUUCAAAGACGCGGCGGGCCACACAGAGGGCACGGACUACCUGCGGCUUCCCGACGUCGUUCCGGGUUACGGGAAGUUUCAAGACAGAAUUGCAGGCCCGGGGGCAAUAUGGAAUGAUGCAAAAAUGUCUGGGUCUGGGAGAUGGAGAUCGCGAGGUUUGUAAUGGAUGUUUUGCAUGACCUAUGAUGCCUGUAGUGCAUGACCUAGCAUCAGCAUCACAGAUUUUUAGCAGGCUUCCGGAUGCCUAUUCCUCAUGACAAAUGCCCUCCCCGCGUAGUAGACGUACAAAAUGGAGGACUCCCCUUGCUGGUCAUAGCAACACAGAUUCUUUAUAGAAUCCGAAGACAGCAUCACAAGUUCCAUCCUUGUGGCAGACCUAGACACUUUUGCAUUUGAUAGGCAAUCGUGGAUCUUACCCUACUACAGAACAGACAACCGUUCAAGUACUUGUACGUGGUGGGAAACGAAAACAGCGACGGGUACCUCCACAUCUGUGGCGCGCACUUCUAUUCCAACGACAAUUGGUGGUUGAGCCGGUGGGCGCCUUACUUCUCUUCCCCGGACGUGACGAAACCCCUGUGUGAGAACUGCGGCCCCAUGCAGCGCGGCUGCCUGGAAAGCUGCCAGAAGGCAGGAUACUGCGCCCAUUGUAACGGGCUGAGCAACGACGUCCGCCAGUACCAGGGGGCGUGCUGCAUGAAGAAUUACCAAGCCGACCCGGAGGAGUGCCACUACGCGCCCCUCACCAGCUUCAGCGCUAUGGGGUAUCACGAGUGCGUGAUUAUUCCCGAGCCCUACGAGUUUAUGGGCAAUGGGGUCUGCGCACAGGAGCACGGGGCGUGGGCGCCGUGGCCAUCGACGACCUUCAUGCUGGAUCUUGGGACGGCGCUCCAACCCAGCGUCCCGGAGUUAUGGCGUUCUCAAAUCGGUUACCUUCUCAACUGUUGCAUGAAUUCGUCAUGCGAAAGAACUUCCUUGAGCCGCCGGACGAUCAAGCUGCUUGUUCGCAUGACAAAUCUCCGAAGUUGUACUAUAUAAACAGCGUUUGGAUUUUUAUCUGUGCAAAGUCUGUGAUGCGAAAGGAGCAAGCUUGCCCCUUUGACUGUUCUUGCUGUUCUUGCAAUACAAUAUACCACGUAACGCUUGAGAACGCCAUAGAAGUGCGCCGCCCUGUGCGACGCGUUCGACGAGUGUGUGGGCUUUGAGAAGUACUACAUCGCGGCACAGGGACCCACCUGCAAAAUUCUGGGAAAGUUAUCCUGUGCAAAAGUAUCGUACUCGUAUUGCAAUUAUGCACGACAAAUCUUGUUCUUAGGGUAAAUCAACAUUACAAAUUUUAUUUCUCGUGCUGUGGAAAUACAUUUAUACGAGUGCGAUGCUUUUCUUUUUGCAAUGCAUAAAAGUAUAUCGACUACCGUGAGGGGCCCCAAGUGAUCGGCCCUUUGGAUCUGAAUCCAAAUAAAACCACCACGCUGUCGGGCCCGUACGGUGAUAUCAAUUACAUGGUGCUCAACCCGGACGAGCCACAGACGAGCGCGCAGGCGUUGGCAGAGCAGGAUGCCGUAUCAAAUGUAAAAGUGUCUGGGUCUGGAAGAAUGCAAGAGUUGUGAUGCAGGUUUUCCAUGACCCAUGAGGUCUGGAAUGCAAGACCCAGCAUGACAGAUUUUUUGAGGUCUCUACGUGCCUUUCCUGCGUGAGAAACUCCCUCUCAACUUGGUCAAAAGCGGACAGCUUUUGGCACUCACGCAACACAGAUUUUUGCGUCAUUCAGAUUUAGCAUGACAAGUUCCAACCUUCCAGACCCAGACACUUUUACAUUUGAUAUGCCGCCGCGGAGGGCAACGACGCGAAUGCAACGCCACCGCCCCUGGAACUAUGGAUGUGUCAGAGUUGAAAUCGACAAAGUUGAAAUAGUUUGUCAUGCAUAAAACGCAUGACCCGAGGCGCGUGUGUUGCAGAGCAGGCAAGUGAGGCCGAUUGUAAGCCUGUUCGGGCUUACAGCUCGAGCUGCUAAAGCAGCAUGUUGAGAAAAUCACUCUUCUUUGCCUAAACAGCAUGACAGACAAGAUUUAGGGACCGCCGAGAUUUGUCAUGCGCCGCUUGAAAGUUGGGCUUCCAACUGGUAUCGAUUUUAUGCAUGACAAAUUAUUUCAACUGUGUCGAUUUCAACUCUGACACAUCCAUAGGAACCCGCCGGGACGUACUCCGGCGGCAUAGACGAGCUGGAGUGUUACAGGCUACCAAAUGCAAAUAUGUCUGGGUCUGGAAACUUGUGAUGCAUGUCAGUGAACAGGAAGCGCACUGUAAUGCACCGCCAAGCAUGACAAAUUUUCCCAUAGCUCUGUGUUGCGUAUUCCGCAUGAGAAACAUCGUUUUUCCAUGACAGACAAGAGGAGGUGUUCGUGGCCACGCAAUACAGAGCUCAGAGUCAUGCCAAACUAGCAUGAGAAAUCUCACAAUCUUCCAGACCCAGACAUAUUUGCCAUGCAUACAGGCGGACCCGCAACCACAACUAUGACCUGGUGCCUGUGAACAACACGCAGGAUAGGCACUGCAAAAGUUGUUGUACUAUGAUCGUAGGAGUACUAGUACGUAGUAAAAAUCGCAGUCCUGCAUGAUUUACAAUUCUUUUUCUUUAGGUGAACGCUGCGCAUGACAAUUUUUUAUACUUCUGAGGAAAUUUGUCAUGCGAUUUUUUUUUACUACUAGCACGAUAUUACUUUUGCAAGUCAUACAGGAAAAUGCGCGAAAAAUUGCUCAAUCCGCGGAGGUAUCAAAUGCAAAAAUUUCUGGGUCUGGAAGAUUGCCAGGCUUGUCAUGCAUAUUUUGCAUAACCCCUGAUGCCUGUAAUGCAUGACCUAGCAUCACUGAUCUUUCAUUCAAGGACCUUCUGAUGCGUAUUCCGCAUGAGAAACGCCCACUCCGGGUAGCACAAACGAAACUCCUCUUGCUGGUCACGCAAUGCUGAUUUUUUUGACCUUCCUCCAGAGACAGCAUCACAAGUUGCAACCUUCCAGAUCCAGACAUCUUUGGAUUCCAUAGGAGGGCAACUCCGACCCCGCGGCCGGAUCGGACGAAGCAGAGGGAGGCAAAGCGGCAAGUGAGCAUGCAGCCGAUAACUCGGAUUGAUGAUGAUAUUAGGAGUAGAUCAUCUUCAAUUCAAGAUGAUCAUAGUUUCGCACUAAUCGAAGUGCUCUGCUAGAGGUGGCAGCUCGCUGUAUAGUAAUAAAUCAUGAUCAACGGAGGUCGUCGGCUGCAAUUAUUAUAUAUGAAUAAUUUACAUGUUGUUGAUAGAUUGGGUUGCAUCUUCAUGACAACUUUUCGUAAGCGUAAAAAGACAAACACCGUUCAAGAACCUUUUUGCUAUCUUUUUGCAUUAGACGCAGACCAGAAUAUUAAUAGGAACAAAAAAUUGCAUCGCUAGCCACUGCCGUGGGUAUGGCUCGAGAAAAAACGUUUGACGCGACCUCCCGUGAAUUUUAUUUUUUGAAGGCCCCAUCAAAAGAAGCACAAAGAAAAAAGAUGGACUAGUAUAGCAAGUAGCAGGGUGGUGGAAGUGAGUACUUCAUCUAUAAAUUCAUUUUUGCGAACAAGAACAUGUAUCGGAGAUCAUGUGGUCGAGCACAAGAACAGCCAGAGCUGCAGCUUUUCGAAAGGUAGCCCAGCGAGCAAAAACACGGUAGAAGUGUAAGGACGAUGAAAUUUUGGUUUUUGUUUAAAAUUAAAGUUCGAAGAACAUAAAACAAGGACAGAACAACGAGGCAAAGUUCCAUGAUAUACUCUACUGAAGUUGCAUGAUUUCGAUUUUCAUGCCGUUCCCGCGCAAGAUAAACUUGGACUGCGACAUCCAACUCAUUAUAGCG